AUGGACGACCUGGACGCCCUAUUGGCUGACCUGGAGACGACGACGUCGCACCUCGCUCGGCGGCCGGUGCUGCUGACGGACCCACCGGGGGGGGACACCGAGCAGCUCUACAGCACCGUGCAGAAGGCCCGGCCGCCCCGCCCCACCCCGGCUGCCCCCGGCCUGGGGGAGCUCGACCGGCUCCUCCGUGACCUCAAUGCCACCCACAGCUCCAUCGCAGAUGAAAUCCUGGCCCAGUUCCCCCCACUGAAGAGCCCUGAGGGGAUGAAGAGGAAGGAGGCAGUGGACGAGGCUGAAGUCGGGGUGUCCCCCCCACGCUCGGGGGGACCCCCGGUGUCGCCCACCUCGGCCACCCAGGAGCUGGACAAGCUGAUGGCCUCGCUCUCCGACUUCCACCUCCCGCACCGUGAGUCCGAGGGGUUUCAGAGUGUGUGUGUCCCCCCGUUUUACCCUGCACCCCAUAACUCUCUUUCCCCCCCUUCCUACCCGCAGCCCCCCCCAAAAAAGGGGGUUCCUGAGGAGGGGAACCUCGACUUGAUGCUGGUGCUGCUGCAGUCGGACCUGAGCCGCCAGGGAGUCCCCACGGGGGCGAAGGGGGUUUGUGGGUCCUGCCAGAAGCCCAUUGCUGGGAAGGUGGUCUGGUUUGGGGUGUGCUGGGGGGCACCCCUCACUUCCCUGCGGGGUGAGUGGCUGGGGGGCGGCAGCUUCUUUGAGAAGGAUGGGGCACCCUAUUGCCCGCGGGACUACGGACGGCUCUUCUCCCCCCGCUGCGCCCAGUGCGCCCAGCCCAUUCUCGAUAAAAUGGUGACAGCGCUGGACAAGAACUGGCACCCGGAGCACUUCUGCUGUGUCAAGUGCGGGCAGCCCUUCGGCGAGGAGGGCUUCCUGGAGAAGGAUGGACAGCAGUACUGCCGCCAGGACUUUGCCGAGCUCUUCUCCAGCCGGUGCCGGGGCUGUGGGCGGCCCAUCCUGGAGGGCUACAUCGCUGCCCUCGAGGGGCUCUGGCACCCCGAGUGCUUCGUCUGCCGGGAGUGCUUUGCGCCCUUCGUGGGGGGCAGCUUCUUCGAGGAUGGCGGCCACCCCUACUGUGAGCGGCACUUCCAUGCCCGGCGGGGCUCACUGUGCCGGGGCUGCGGGGAACCCAUCGCCGGCCGGUGCGUUACCGCCAUGGCCCAACGCUUCCACCCAGAGCACUUUGUCUGCGCCUUCUGCCUCCGACCCCUCUCCAAGGGCACCUUCCAGGAGCAGGAGGGCAAGCCCUACUGCCAGCCAUGCUUCCUCCGCCUCUUCGGGUGAGGCCACUGCGGCCCCCCCCCGCCCCCAGCCCCACCGAUGGUGCCUCAUGGUGUGGGGUGCCCCACAGAGGUCCAACGGACACCCCACAACCAGCACAAGAACGUCCCACGGGUGCCCUGUUGCAUGGGGUGCACCGCCGAGGUGGUCUUCCAGGUGCCCCAUGGUGCUUGGGGGCCUCAUGCAUGGGGAUCUGGCACCCUUGAGGUGCCCCAUGGUGUGGGGUGCCCCACAGAGGUGCAAUGGACACCCCAUGGCCACCACAAGAAACCAUUGGACGGGGUGCACCACUGGGAUGGUCAUGGAGGUAUCUUGGGGUGCUUGGAGGCCUCAUGCAUGAGACCCUUGAGGUGUGCAAUACUGUAGGGUGCCCCACAGAGAUCGAAUGGGCACCCCAUGACCAUUCCACGGGUGCCCUGUUGGAUGGGGUGCUCCAUGGAGGUGGUCAGGGAGGUGCCCCCAUGGUGCCUGGGAGCCCCACAUGAGGGUGCGUCACCCCUGAGCUGCCCCAUGGUGUGGGGUGCCUCAUAAAUAUCCCGUGGGGUCCCAUGGGUGCUCCACGGUGCGGUGUGACCCACGGAUCUGGCCAUGGACUUGCCCCAUGCUAUGGGGUGACCAUGGAUCCGCCCAGGACUUGCGCCACAGCAUGGGGUGGUCUCUGGGUGUGGUGCAGGA